AUCCGUGUUUGGAUUGGCUGCCUGCUUUUCACCUCCACGAGGUCUUCAUUCUCCAACCGAACUUCUCUCUCUCUUCAAAUUCCUCCAAAUAUUACACAAUACAAAAACAGAAACCAUCCAACACAAAUAUGAAAUACCUAUAUAUAAAUCAUUUUCACAGCUCUCCUUUUUAGCAUUUUGCUCUUUCUCUCCUCUUCUCUCCCACUCCCACACCCCCCUCUCCCUCCUGAUUCCGGCACAAUCCGCGUCUGAAACGAUCUGAUGCGGAAUGUUUCAAUUGUGUGAGAAUUUAUAUGCUUGAUCUGGAAUUUGGUAGAUCUGUCAGAGUUCGUGAUCGGCUUUCGGGAGUUUGUUUUAUUUUACACAGCGAUCUUAUGGUUUCUGAGAGGAAUUUGUGUUGUUUAUUGAGGUUGAAAACGACAUGGUUAUGAGGAUUUUUUGGGAGUUUGGAAAUUUUAGGAAUUCUUGUUGUUGAAGUGGAUAAAACUCUCGGACCAUAUGUUGAAGUGUGUGAACUUCUUUAUGGAAGCUGAGGGCAAAAAUUUCCUGUGAUCAAUUGGAAGAAAUAAAUUAAAAUGGCUCCAGCAAGCAAGGCUGAUAAGAAGGCAGCACUAGAUGCAGCCGCAUGGAUGUUCAAUGUUGUCACUUCUGUUGGGAUUAUCCUUGUCAACAAAGCAUUAAUGGCUACAUAUGGAUUCAGUUUUGCUACAACAUUAACUGGCUUGCAUUUUGUUACCACAACCUUGAUGACGGCUAUUCUUAGGUGGCUUGGAUACAUCCAACCCUCUCAUCUCCCCCUUCCAGAGCUUCUGAAAUUUGUAUUAUUUGCGAACUUCUCUAUUGUUGGAAUGAAUGUUAGUUUAAUGUGGAACUCAGUAGGGUUCUAUCAGAUUGCAAAGCUGAGUAUGAUCCCUGUGUCCUGCCUUUUGGAAGUUGUCUUGGACAAGAUCCGGUAUUCAAGAGACACAAAGCUCAGCAUAUCAGUUGUUCUCCUUGGUGUUGCUGUUUGCACUGUCACUGAUGUGAGUGUAAAUACCAGAGGUUUCAUUGCUGCCUUUAUUGCAGUUUGGAGCACUUCUCUGCAACAGUAUUAUGUGCAUUUCCUUCAACGGAAGUAUUCACUUAGUUCUUUCAACCUAUUGGGACAUACUGCCCCAGCCCAGGCUGGAUCGCUGCUUUUAUUAGGCCCCUUUCUGGAUUAUUGGUUGACAAACAAAAGAGUUGACAUGUACCAAUAUAACACAGCAUCCUUGAUAUUUAUAAUCCUUUCAUGUACUAUCGCGGUAGGGACCAACCUCAGCCAGUUCAUAUGCAUUGGUAGAUUCACAGCUGUCUCCUUUCAAGUACUUGGCCAUAUGAAGACAAUCCUUGUUUUGAUUAUGGGAUUUUUCUUCUUUGGGAAAGAGGGUCUCAAUUUGCAAGUGGUUCUGGGCAUGAUCAUUGCUGUAGUUGGAAUGAUGUGGUAUGGCAAUGCCUCAUCUAAACCUGGUGGGAAGGAGCGUUGGAGCCAUUCACUCCCCACCAGCAAACAGCAAAAGCAUGGGGGUUUAUCAGAAUCCAGUGAACAUGAUGGGAAAAUAUAAACCGCAGUCUUGUAGGAUAAGUUAAGCAUACAAGAUUUUAGCUGAUUCCAGGAAAUUAUUUAUUGUCUGAGAUUAGAACCAAUCAUCCGCUUCUAAUUAUUCUUGCUCAAUUCUGUAAUUCUUGUUUUCCAUUUUAUUGGUAUUGAUUAUGAAUGUUUCUGGAUAUAGGGUUAGAUUCCCUACAAAUUUUCCUCUUUUGUUUCAUGAUUAUAAUUUUACAGUAAUUAAUUUUUUUUCCCUUA